CGCUGCGCAGUCAACCGUCUGCAGCGCCACUGGCUGCAGGGAUAUCCCGAUGAAAGAGGAGACUACUCGGGGUGAAUUCGGACAAGUUUUAACUACAAGUUUUAACUAUAUUGAGAUGGAGGAGUUGGCGAAUUAAGCACCACUCAAAGACAAAAGACUCAGAUGUUGCUGCCAUGUGCCAGACUUACACCCUAAGCAGACGAAAGACACAGCACCCCGAGGAACUUUUAGCUAUUUUCUGCAGCCUGGUAAGAGAGACUUUGAGAGACUAUCCUCCAAGACUCAUAAAAGCACACCCCUAUCACAGAGUGUCCACCUGUACUCUACCUUCACCCAGCAGCACCUUCCUCAUCCUCUCACAGAACUGGCUGUACUGUCAGUAAGGUUUAUUCACAAAUGUCUACCUCACGAUUAAAAGACCCCUCACCGACACUGCGACCCUGAACAGGAUACAAAAUGACCUCGAGCAUUGACCAGGAUGAUAGUAGUAUUUUUGAUGGGUUAAUGGAAGAAGAUGAAAAGGACAAAGCAAAACGCGUGUCCCGUAACAAGUCUGAGAAGAAGCGCAGAGACCAGUUCAAUGUCCUCAUCAAGGAGUUGGGUACAAUGCUGCCGGGCAACACCCGGAAGAUGGACAAGUCCACUAUUUUGCAGAAAAGUAUCGACUUUCUGCACAAACACAAAGAAAUCGCAGCUCAGUCAGAGUCAACUGAGAUCAGACAAGACUGGAAACCUCCUUUUCUUAGUAAUGAAGAGUUCACUCAGCUGAUGUUGGAGGCGUUAGAUGGAUUUUUCCUUGCAAUUAUGGCUGAUGGGAAUAUAAUCUAUGUCUCUGAGAGUGUGACUUCCCUACUAGAACAUUUACCAUCUGAUCUUGUUGAUCAGAACCUGUUAAAUUUCUUGCCUGUGGGGGAGCAUUCAGAGGUGUACAAGGCUCUGUCCUCUCAUGUCAUGGAAGGAGAAACAUUGACACCUGAGUAUCUUAAAACAAAAAAUCAGCUAGAGUUCUGUUGCCACAUGCUCCGAGGGACAAUCGACCCCAAAGAGCCCCCCGUGUAUGAAUAUGUAAAGUUUAUUGGAAACUUCAAGUCCCUGAAUAAUGUGCCUAACUGUACCCGAAAUGGUUUCGAUGGAGUGAUCCAGCGAUCACUUCACUCUGCCUUUGAAGACAGAGUGUGUCUCAUAGCCACUGUGAGGCUAGCCAAGCCACAGUUUAUCAAGGAGAUGUGCACAGUAGAAGAGCCUAAUGAGGAAUUUACAUCCAGACAUAGUUUAGAGUGGAAAUUUCUCUUCCUGGACCACAGAGCUCCGCCCAUCAUAGGUUACCUCCCAUUUGAGGUCCUGGGUACAUCAGGAUAUGACUACUAUCAUGUAGAUGACCUUGAGACACUAGCCAAGUGUCACGAACACUUAAUGCAAUAUGGGAAAGGAAAGUCCUGCUACUACAGAUUCCUCACCAAAGGGCAACAAUGGAUUUGGCUUCAGACCCAUUACUACAUUACUUAUCACCAGUGGAACUCCAGGCCAGAGUUUAUUGUCUGCACACACACGGUCGUAAGUUAUGCUGAAGUAAGAGCAGAACAGCGCAGAGAGCUGGGAAUUGAAGAAUCACCACCUCAAAUCACCGCUGAGAAGCAAUCCCAGGAUUCAGGCUCCGAGUCCCAGCUCAACACUUUCAGCUUGAAAGAGGCCUUAGAGCGAUUUGACCACAGUCGGACCCCAUCGGCCUCGUCUCGCAGCUCACGUAAAUCUUCCCACACGGCUGUGUCUGACCCAGCCUCAUCACAAAUGAAGCUUCAGGGAGAUAGGAGUACACCAGGUCGCCAGUCGGUCUCUGCUGUGGAGAUGACAUCACAACGGAGAUCAUCUAUCAGCAGUCAGCAGUCGAUGAGUUCCCAAAAUACAGGACAGAACGUGGCGUCAUCCAUGGUUUCACAACAACAGCCGCAGCAGCCACAACAGCAGCAACAGCAACAACAACAGCAGCAACAGCAGCAACAGCAACAAGUUCCGACCAACAAUCAAUCAAUGGUCCAGUUCUCCAGCCAGUUAGAAGCCAUGCAGCACCUGAAAGAGCAGCUGGAGCAGAGGACCAGAAUGAUUGAGGCCAACAUUCAGCGGCAGCAGGAUGAGCUGCGGCAGAUCCAGGACGAGCUACAGAGGGUGCAGGGACAGAGUCUGCAGAUGUUCCUGCAGAAAGGGGCUGGAGGACUAAAUGUGAGCUCUGUACAGAUGGCCCAGGGGAAUGGUGGGCAGCAGGGGGGUACACUCAGCAUGCAGGGCCAGGUGGUUUCUGCAGGAUCUCUGCAAAACAGCAUACAGCAACAACAUGCUGUGCAGCCCCCAUCCCAGCAGCAAACACUCCUACGGGAACAGAACACAGCACUCUCGCAGCCUCAGAGGUCGUCGCACACGCUGCAGCCUCAACAGAAUCCACUGCCUGCAUCUCUCUACAACACGAUGAUGAUCCCUCAGCAAAGUCCUGCUAACGUGGUUCAGAUUGCCACAAGCCUGGCGCAGAAUACUGGACCCAACACUCCUGCUGUGGCAACAUUUGCACAGGACCGUUCGGCUCAGAUUAGGUUUCCUGCAGGCCCCCAGCUGCUCACCAAGCUAGUGACAGGGCAGAUGACAUGUGGGGCAGUCAUGGUCCCCACAACCAUGUUUAUGGGUCAAGUGGUGACGGCCUUUGCACCGCAGCAGGGCCAGACGCAGACAAUUAGCAUUUCCCAACAGGCUCCGCAGCAGCAACAGCAACAGGAGCAACAGAUUCAACCGCAGUCUCAGGUCACAGCCAUGCAGCAAGGGCAAGCUCCACUAACCCAGCAGCAAACACAGUUCCUACAGGCUCCUCGACUCCUUCACGGAAACCAGUCCACCCAGCUGAUCCUGCAGGCAGCGUUCCCUUUGCAGCAGCAGGGUACCUUCACGGCAGCAGCCCAACAGCAGCAGCAACAGCAUCAAACACAGCAGAAGCAGUUACAACAAAAGCAGCAACAGCAGCUGGCUCCUCACAGAGCAGAUAGUUUGUCUGACCGCUCAGCGACACAGCCGCAGUAACUAGCCAAAGCCUAUCAGAAGUGCAGUUAGCCAAACUCAGGUGUGGUUGAUGGGAGUGUAAAGUGCAGUUCUGCUGAAAGUGCACCACUGAAACCUCAGAGGAUGAGAAGUGGACACUGUGUUGCUCUGCUUCUCUCACGCGAAUCUUGUGCUGUUUGCACUUCACUCCUGAGCCCAGAGUACAACAGAGAACCCGGGAUGGGGCUUGCUGUGGCAGCAGGUUUGGCUGUGGAAUAAAGCCUUCCCUCCAAGAAAACAGGGCCAUACAAGGCCUGCAAAAGACUCCCCCUUACGCCUCCCCUUGUGUCGUGUGUGUCUGUGUUUGGGUGUGUGUGUGUGCAGGCGCGCAUGUGUGCUCUAGUCACCCUCACAGGAUUAUUUCACAGUUCUCCCGUUAGUGCGGUGGAGAUCUUUACUUCGAGGACGUCCUACAAAACAACCAAUUGUUUGUUUUGUAUGUUUUUCUUGUAAAACUAAUUAUGGGUCAGAAAAUAUUUUUAAGAAUGUGGUGUAGAUUGAACUUUGACUGUACAGAAUAUCAUGUGUAAUAUAUACUGUAAAUAUACUGAAGAAUAACUAAUAUUUUAUAUGAUGCAUGAAAUGAAAUGCAUAGUCUGUUAUUUGCAGCUUUGAAUAUGCUUUUUUUCUAAUACUCAGAAAAAAAGACCUGAAAAUGCUUAGUGGCUGAUAUUUUCACAGACUUCCUUUCUCCUAGGGGAUGUUUGUUUGUGUGUCUGCAUCAGACAGUGCCGAUGCUGUUUGUUGUGUCACAGUUUGUUUAAUCCUCAACCCCUAUUUUCACACAACUUCACAAAAUUAUCGACAGAAUGAUAGAAAAAUACUUUAGUUUUUUUAAAGAUGUGCUCAAGCACUUAAGACUUGAAAUCAAUGUGUGAGAUUUGUGUAUAGAAUGGAGGCAACAUUAAGCUAAACGUAUGCAACAGUAAGAUCUACUAACAUUAUCCUUCAUAUCAUCAUUUCUUAAUUUUUAGAACUUGAGAUCCCUCCAUUUCACAGCCAUCCAUAUCGCCUGUGUUGGCACCCAAGGAUGCUUUAUUUCACCUGUAAACAUUUAUACUUUUAGAUGUAUGUAAAUACAAAAUACUGACCUGUUAAAUAUGUUAGUAAGAGACAUGAUCUAGUUUUAAGCCAUCUAACUGUUUUAGCUGGGCACGCAGAACAAAAAGCAUCCACCCUCUCUAGGACUUACUGGGAGACACCAGUCAUCCUGUCAACCCGAUACAAAGAUCCCAUCCUAUUCCAUUAUAGCCUUCUCUGAGCUCUGUGGAUUAUCGGGAGAAGCCAGUUGCUCUGCUUUCUGUCUUGUCUGAUUGUCUUGUGAGAACUGCAGUAACUUUAUUUGGCCCCUUGAUGGCAGUGACAUGGAUAUAUUAUGGCUUUUUACAUUCAGAAAACAAACGUAUGAGUUACAUUUGGGAUUUCAUUUGCAACCUCUCUUCCGCAGACGAGGUGCUGAGCCAGUUUUACCAUUGUGCCUUUUGAGGACCAGCACACAUUUUGGCAGAUUUGAGAAUCUAAUAUCAUGAAGUGUUCCCAGUAGAAGUAGGUGUUGUUUCUGUGGGAGGAAAAUUGAGGCUUUAUCUGACAGUGUCUUGGUGUAGACACUUAUGUCACUUUGGGUUCCAUUUCAUGGUGGCUUUUUCUUUCUUUUUUUUAAACUGUGGAAAAACAUGUGAACCCAGCUCUAGAUCAUGCACUGGUACCACCAAACCGUUGCUUUUCAGCUCCUUAACACUUGAUGGUAUUCAGCAGCUGGAUGCUAACAUCGUCUGCUGGUUGAUGCUUUGCAGGUAAUAUUUGUUUUUCUAAACUGCAGUUAUGCAUCGUAAAACAUUCAGAGUGAGGACAAUGCAAAGCCAGUAAUGGUCUUUAGGCUCAGAACUGUAAGCACUUAAAUAUAAGCAGUCAUGUGAGCAACUGUCAUUGUAAUAACACUGAUUAAAGCUGCCUUAAAUUAAAAAAAAAAAAAAAAGAUUUUCAGGACACACUUAUAUAAUAUUAGGCCAAAUCCAGCAGUACCGGGAAGACGUUUUAAUUACCCAUUAAAUAUUUGCCAAAAGCUAAAAAGAACCUUGGAGUUCUACAGUCACAAUGGAAAGUUGGGGUAAGCCAGACUUUUAGUACACUCACCAUAAUUUGUAUCACCGAGCUAAACAUGGCAUUGAGGGGAUCAGUGUUACUGUAGACGGAGACCAUCACCAGGAUCCCCAGCAGACUCAGCCCUACGCGUUCUGGCUUAGUAGGCUUGCUUUGCAGCCUCCUCACCAUCUGAUCUAAUGCACUGCCAGAUGGUACGAAGCUGACAGUCCAACCUCCUCUUCAUCUGUGUGAAAUGAUGGGCUGAGCUCAACACAUGGCCACAAAGUCAGUCUUUGACAUCUGCUCCAAGAUAUCUUGUAAAACCGUGCACUCUUAUACCAUCUCCCCAGUAUUAGAGUGUAGCGUUCACAAAGGGGAAACCCUACCCGAUAGCAUAUGUUUUAUUUAGAAAGUCAGUUUUGUUCUAGGUCACCUUGAAUCCAGCCAUUUUCAGAAGACGGAGUCAGUUGUAUAGAGUGCUUCAAAGCACUGAAAAGUGAACAUUUUAUUCCACUGUUCCCAGUUUGUGCAGUACAGCAUAGAAAACCCAAGCAAGCAUCGAGUGUCAAUAAAAAGCGCCUCUACUCUUAUUUGCCGUUUAUUGCUCGAGGAUAGAGGAGCCUAUCAUGAUUUGGCACAAGCAGCAGCUUUUCUUAAAGGUUGACGCUGCUCAGGUUGGAUUAGGCUGGGAGGAAAAUCAACUGUCACAAGCAACAGCUACAGUUUCUACCACGAUAAUACCUCUGGGCACUUACAAUUCUUCAGUCUAACUACGCUGUUAAUGUCUGAAAGUUCAUUAUUCAAAACUUUGAAUUAUUUCUGUGACUUAUCGUUUAUCAUUGGCCACAUGUAACUACCAUUUUCAUUAACCUUCAUACUGCAGAUAAGGCAGCUACUGUAUGGGACCAGAUGAAGAAUAUAGAUUUGUAUAUUUGUCUUGACUUGGAGAAACAAUGCUUCAAAGUAUCUUCCUUAUCUCACAAAUCACCUUUUUUUUAAAAAAAACUUAAAAUGAUAACGGAACAAUAAUUUUACAAGAUUUAUCUGUAUCUGAUUUAGUAAGUUCCCUAAAUUACUAUCAAGUACAGAAUAGAGUGAAAGCAAACGUACAGAAUGCAUUAUGAUCCCAGAUCCCACAAAUGAUGACAGAACCAUUCUGAGUUAAUUAUUCAAUCUGUUUCUUCAGGACAACUCUAAAUAAAUAAUAAAAUCCAAAUCCGGGACAUUAAACUAUUAGACAUUCUCGCUUGCUAUCUCACCAGCCUCCUGUCAGUGCAAAAGAAAAAACAAACGAAAACGCUUGUAUAAACUGCCUCCUUGUUUUUAAAACCCACAAAUUACAUUUUCAUUGAAUCUCCAAUACCUGCUUGCUCCACUGUGAUGAUUCUGUGCUGCAUAAAUCGGAUUAUAAUUGGACCUCGUAGUCCUAAUUUUCCACAUAGCAUUUCUCUCCCUCCUCCUUUAAAAUCAGUGAUCAUACUACAACAGAUCAGUGUUUGAGUAAGACAACUGCUAUCUCCUGUUACGAAUUUCUGUAGAGUGAACCUCAUCCUGUGCUGCAUGCAAGCAGCACAUGCCUACAAGAAUGUAUUCAGUGUCAUUAACUUGGGGACUUCUUUUUUCAUGAGGAGGCGUAUGCCUGUGGGAGGCUUUGCACAUUGUAAGAUAGGAAAUACAGUAAAUAAGAGAACUUAAUUAUUUUUCUAUGUCUGGUAUAAACUUUAUGGAACUAUCAUAUAUAUAAGAAAUCAAAUAAUCUAACUUUUAAUGUGCAAAAAAGACAAUAAUAGAGGUUUAAUAAACAUUUGAAGGAUUUAAACUAACUGUGACAUACACACAAAGACCCCAGAAAGUGCUGGUUAAGACUUGGAAUCAAAAUCGAAUUAAAAGUGUGUGUAUAUAUAUAUCUAUACAUAUACAUACUUUUAUGUAUAUUUCUUUUCAGUCUUUAUUCAGUGUUUAUACUGAGUCUUUCCCUGCCAAUUAAGCAAUAGUGAUUUUUUUUUUUUUUUUUAUAAAACCCACAAUGACCAAUUUAUAUAUAUGUAUAAGGGCAACUUGGGCUUUUAAAGUUAUCUGUGGGUCACUGGCAAGUCUCAAAAACAAGUUGGGGAAAUGUUGUCCAGGGAAACCUCAGGACGCAAACCCUAAAUCAAAGAACACAGUGAAUUAUGUUCAGUGUUGUGUAGUUCUGAUGUACACACUAGAAACUCGGUGUUCUCUCUCUCUCUCUCUCUGCUUUCAGUUCAUAUUUUUGUGGCUUUUUUUGGUGGUUUGGCUCAAGUAAUUAACUGCUGCAGUGCGCUCAAUAGCAAAAAACAACAUUAAAUAUUUCAUGACUACAUCCCACACAAUGUGGUCACACCCUGAUUGAUGACGGGAGCAGGACUUUUGAACUCCUGUAAUGACGUCGGUAGUUCAGGUUUGACCAGAAGAUCCAACUUCUGAUUUAACUUUGGUAACGAAUUGAAAUCUUUGGUUACAUUGGAGAUAAAAAUACACCCUUUGUAAAGAGCUUUAAGUCAUGUCUUUUUGAGUUGUUAAUAAACCUCUCUCACUACAUUAUAGGCAAGUCUGAUCACGUGGUUCUAGAAAAAUGUGCAGAUAUGAAUUAAUAUAUUUAAUCAUUGUUAUGUGAAGCUGAAAAACACAUAUAUGCAUGGAUUAUUUACUUCAAGCAGAAUAUUUGAGUUACAAAUUGGCAAAACUAAUAUCUAACUCUAAAACAAUCAACUCAAUUCAGAGCAGUUAAUCUCUUAAUCAUCAAUAAAUGCAUCUAUUACAACUUUAUAACCACAUAAUAGAACCUAUUCCAGUUUUCUUUCUAAAAAACUUUAAGAGUUUGUAGUGAAUGCUAAGGCUUCCAGUUUGUUCUAUGAAGCACAACUGGGAAAUGUUGCACUAAGCAUCCACUACUGACACCUGCUGUUUGUUAUUAGGUUAAACACCUCAGCUCAACUUUAAUCACUGAUUAUAUCCAACAUUUAGAAAUUGUACACAUUAGGCAUUUUAUUGCACUCCAGUGUUAUAAAGACACUUAAAGAGGACCUAUUGUGCUGAUUUCCUCCACCAUUGUUUUUUGGUAAAUUCUUUGACAACAUUACCAUAGCUUUGCAUGACUCAAAGUUCAAAAUAAUCUGUUUACAUUUCAUACUGGAUGUUGGUGCAACCCCUCAGUACAUCCACUGUCUGAAACCACUCAUUGUAGAGCUCAUCCCUCUGCUUUUCUGCCCUUAGCAAACAAAGUUUGAACAGCGUGAGAUGUGACGUGUUAAGAAUGAUUAAUACUUAUUCUCACUGAUGACAUAAAGGCAUGAAAACUUGUUUCAACCACUGAAAAAAAUUUUUUUUGCCAUCCAUAAAUCAUUAAGUUGGUAUAUGUAUGUUUAUUUCAAAGGGACAAUGCAUAUUAAUUAACAUGAACACUAAAAUUAAUCUUGUAAAUAGCCAGAUGGACUAAUUUUCAUCUGUCGCCCUGCCAGGUUGAUGGCAUAUUAAAUCAAUCAACAAAACCAACUCCCAAAGUUUGACUUCUGGAUGUCAUUUUUCAGUGUCUGAAAUAAACUUCCAUAUACAGAGCAAAGUGGAAAAAAUACUCUAAAAUGAGCUUUAGUCACUGUAUCAGUACAUAGAUGACAGUAACAUGAUAAAAAGUGUAAUAGGUAUCCUUUAAGAUGACUUGCAUUAAUUUCUUGAGCCAAAUUAUUCAUGGACCUCAACAUAACCCUUAUGAGGCAAAUAUGUCAAUCGUUUGCUCCCCUUGGAUUCAAAAAUAAAUCUGUGUGAAUCAUCU